GUUCUUUGCUUGGCAUUGAGUGAAUACCCUUCACAAUUCAUGAACACUGAAUUAGAAUAACACUGUCCUUUAAGCUUACUAUAGCAUUUUAUUGUCUAUCACUAUAUAAAAUGUCUCACAAUAAUCAACUCUCUAUCAAUAACCGAAAUCAACGAGCUUCCACUAGCGUAGCUGCACCUCAGCAAGGAGGCCAUCAUGACAGGCCUCUAUCACUUUAUCCAAGGCUGCAUCUCUUAAAGAUGCCACUAGAGGUUCGCCUCAAGAUCUUUAAUGAGCUGUGGGAAGAGCGAGAUUUCGAUCUGCUCUUGUUCAUCAAAGAUUACGAAGAGAGACAUAAUGACGAGAAUCCUUUUACUCUUGCUCUCAUGCACUUCAUUCACUUCAACAAGAGUCCCAAGGUUCACUGGCCCAAUAAGAAGAUUCCGUGGGACAAAUACGCAGCGUGCCUCGGCAGAAUCGAGCAGCUCUGGUCUUACCAGCGACUGCACGGAGGCAUUCGUAGCAAUAAGCCUUAUUUCAGCGUUUUCAACCUGAUGAUGUCCUGCAAACAGAUGUGGGAAGAGGGAAGCCUUGCCUACUGGCGUCAGAGACGAUUACAGGUGGUCAUUACCAGAGAAUUUGGGGAGAUCCCACGCGGAGACGAGGAGGAAUUUUUGAUGUCCGAUUGCACAAGCAGCAUACUUCUUGGUGGCAGUAUUGGAGAGAGUGUCAGAGUCUUGACCUUGAGAUUCGAUGAUAAAGUCUUGAAUUGCAGGGUUAAACAUUGCUACAAUGUACCCGGGGUGAUUGUCUGCGACCGACACGCUGACGGCAGCUUCACACCAAAGCUCCGAUGGGCUCAAGACACCAUAAUGAAGGCCCUUAAACUCUUUACCAACAUCACUUGCCUAGAGCUUCUUAUCGAAAACAACCGCAUCUACGAGCUCUAUAACAAUAUGGGCACGUUUGACGAGAUAUUAGAGUAUGUGAAGAAGGAAAGGCCGCUGAUCAAAGUCAUCCGAUUCAAGGGUGGCCAAUGCACAGAUCUUGUGAAGCAAUGGAAUCUUGAGCUCGAUGCCUCUGUUUCCGGAACAGCCUGGUCCAUGAGCCCUUGCGUCCCUACUUGUAAUGAAAAGGUAUACAAGGAUCACGUUGACAAGUUCGAUGUCACUCCACGAGAGGUUGACCAGCGUCCAAAUUUUGCCUGAAUUUGUCUGGGCCUCAUCUAUUUGGGUACAAAAGAUCUAUAGGAUAUAGAAUACUUCACGUCAGCGUGGCAUGAUAAAUUAGAGACUAGUUAGAGUAUAUUCAACUCCAGCUCAGGCGGGACUUCUUUGAAUGAUUUAGUAGUUAAGCGCCAU